GUACAAAUCGCCUUGUCUGCUAUAUGACAAACUGGUCUAGAUUCAGGCCAGGACCCGGGAAAUUCAUUCCUGAAGAUAUCGAUCCUAAUUUAUGCACCCACAUUAUCUACGCCUAUGCGGUGGUUAGCAAUAAGAAUAUUGUGGCUAAGUUUCCGGAGGAAGAAUCCAAACCAUGGGAGCAUGGAUUCAGACGCAUAUUUUCGGAGAACGCAGUUCGAUUUCUAAGAGACAGAGGAUUUGAUGGGCUGGAAGUAUUCUGGGCUUACCCUUCCGCUAAAACCUCGGCUUAUUUGAAAGAACUCCUACAGGCUUUACGAAAUGCCUUUGAUGAAGACGCGAUCGCCAGUAAUCAGGCCAGGUUAAUUCUAACAACUGCUUUGACUGCCAAUGCCGAACGAAUCCACAACGACUAUGGAGAAAACCUCGUCUCUAUGGAGUACAUUGCUCACACGUAUACGAUACUGGGAGUGCCAAGGCAUAUGAUUAACAUCGGCAUUCCCACCUACGGCGUAUCGUUUCAACUAAGAAAUCCUAAGGACUAUGGGUUGGGAGCUCCAGUAAGUGGAGCAGGACCUGCAGGCAAAUAUACGGGAGUAAAUGGAAUGUUGGCAUACUACGAGGUCUGCUUAUUCAUUAGAAAUGGUGCAAAGAAAUUAUAUGCUCCCUCCCAAAAGGUCCCUUACGCAUUCAAAGAUUACGAGUGGGUAGGAUUCGAGGACCCAACAAGUGUCAGGGUUAAG